AUUGAUCUUGUGUAAGUGUGUGUGUGAUGUCCCCCCUCAUUUAAGGCAUACCUGUGCCAGAAGACUGGCCCAGCACCUGCCAUACAAGCAGUUUGUCCCUGCUCCACGUCCCCAGGUGGACCACGCAGCGGCUGUAAAGGAGUACAGCCGGUCCUCGGCUGAUCAGGAGGAGCCCCUGCCGCACGAGCUGCGGCCCUCUGCAGUGCUCUGCAGGACCAUGGACUACCUGGUGACCCAGAUCAUGGACCAGAAGGAGGGCAGCCUGAGGGACUGGUACGACUUCGUGUGGAAUCGCACACGGGGCAUACGGAAGGACAUCACACAGCAGCACCUCUGCGACCCCCUGACGGUGUCCCUGAUCGAGAAGUGUACCCGAUUUCACAUCCACUGUACCCACUUCAUGUGUGAGGAGCCCAUGUCCUCCUUUGAUGCCAAGAUCAACAAUGAGAACAUGACCAAGUGCCUGCAGAGUCUGAAGGAGAUGUACCAGGACCUGAGAAACAGGGGUGUCUUCUGUGCCAGUGAAGCAGAGUUCCAGGGCUACAAUGUUCUGCUCAAUCUCAACAAGGGGGACAUCCUAAGGACUGAGCUACAGCAGGAGCCCCCGGUCCCCAUGCCAGCCACUUAUGUGGUCAUGGGGCAGCUGGCUAUCCGCAAGGAUGCUCUCCGAGCGCUCAACAUUGCGUACACCGUGAGCACCCAGCGGUCCACUGUCUUUCCUCUGGACGGCGUAGUGCGCAUGCUGCUGUUCAGAGACAGUGAAGAGGCAGCAGACUUCCUCAGCCACCACGGUCUCGCUGUCUCUGAUGGCGAGCAUGCCCAGUGUGUGUUGCUGCAACUCGUGGCUGUUACACACCAGGCCAGCUGGUUCCGUGCAGUCAUAGAGAAGCUCCAG